CACAGAUUUGACAUUGAAAAAUCAUUUUAUAAAAUUUCAGUGACAUAUAACGAAUAAUUAUUUAUCGGUUUAAAAAUGGCUACGCUUCCGCAAGGAGUAAUGGUUGAUUUAAAAAACCUAUUCGAGAAUUUAACGAAAUGUUCCAAAGAUUUGGGCGAAAACCCCGAUCAUCAGCAGUCUGGUGACGUGGGUCCAAACUGGGAAGAAAAUGUAACACUAAUUCUGAUCAAAAUUGACUCUCUUUUGCCUACGUUACCAUUGGAGUCGGACGAGUUUGUAAAGCUAUUGGCCAUGAAAGCUUCAACUUUAUACGAAAAGGCUAAGAUAUACCUUAACCACGAGGUGAUAGAUAAAUGCCAGGAGAUGUUGUUGAAUGCUUUAAAUAUUAUUGAACAUUACUCCAACCAUCCUAGAAUAGCCUUCCUGUAUUUAAGAAUUGUAAACCAUUUAUCUUACAGUUUGUCUCGUAAAGGAGAGUGCGACAAAGCUAAGGAACUUUUGGAGAAAGUUAUAGAGAAGGUUUUUGAGGAAACUCCUUUGGUCUACAGCACAGAAGAACUCUUCUGCGACAUUGAAAGUGACCAAAGCCAGUGCGAUUAUAAGUUGAACAAGCUUGUGAUUAACAAUAUGCAGAUGUUGGGCUGGAUUUACGGAAAAUUGGGUUUAUGCGACUCCCAUACGGCAAUGCAGCAUAAGGCUUUGCAAAAACAAAUUGAAACUGAAGAUAUUGAAUCGUUGCAAAUUGCUAUAAAGUGUUCCAGAUUGGCUUCCCUGUUUUUAACCCAGUGUCAAUGGGUUCAUGCUAGGUAUCAUUUAUGUGCCGCACAAACUAUUUUGGACACCAUAGAGCCAGAAGAUGCCCACUCAAACGCAGAAUUAGUGAAAACGCAAGCUGACCUUUCUAAAUGUUUUAUGUACUACGCACUUCAUAUCUAUGGCAUGAGUAAAAAACAGUUGAUUGAUAAUGCUUUAUCGACAGGAACGUCAGACUUUUCACCGUUUGUCAAUACCUCUCCCCCUGAAGAAGCAGUUUUACCCGAUUCCUACGAAUUUCCAAACAUUACUGUGGACCUACAGGAAAUACCCGCAUCACUCAUAACCACGACCCAACAGGCUAGAUUACUAUUCCAGCACGUUUUCAAAUGGUUAAAGCGUGUGCAACUCUAUUACAACCUGAGGGAUUUUCCACUGGAAUACGUCAAUGCUGUUUUGGAUUUAUCCGAGCUCUACAAAUACUUGUCAUUUUAUGAACCCGAUUUGGAUGGACAGUACAAUGUUCAGAAGAAACGCUACGACGCUUUGGAAAGUCUGAACACAAUACUGAAAGAAAUAAGGCCGAACUGUUACGUGGCUGUGAGUGUGGAGUUGCUGAGGGAGUUAACUGAAGUUCAGCUGGAGUUAAUGGGGAUCAACCUUAAGAGGAUAUACCAGGCUGAACAUGCUUCUGUAGCUGAAGAUACUUUAAAACGAAGAAUGGCGGCUGUAAAUGUUUUGCACAAAAAACUGGGUAGUGUGGGGGGUAUAAUGAGCCGUCCGGAUGUGGUGACUGUUUACGAAAAUCCCGAUGUUGCAGUUGAAGAUGCAACUCAAAAACCAGAUGAAGAAGACGAAGAAGAGGAAGCAGACGAAGAGGAGGAAGCAGACGAAGAGGAGAAAACAGACGAAGUGGAAGAUGAUGCAGAAGAAUAUGAUCAAGAAAAAGAUGAUGAAGGAACGGUGACUGAUGGAAAAGACUUAGAAACAUCCCUCAAAGAGAGCAGUGAAGUUUUGAGCACCAAAGAUAGUAAAGUUACUGUGACAGAGACUGUGGACAGUAAAACGUGUUUGUAAAAAUUGUAUUUGAGCUAAAUAAA